AUGGGCACCGUCGACCAAACUUAUAAUCCGGCCAACUACUCCGCCGCAAACCAUCGCUGCGUGGCGGUGCCGCCACCUCAGCCGUUCGUGAGGUCUCUUGAGAACACGCUAAAGGAAACAUUAUUCCCGGACGAUCCCUUCCGGCAGUUCAAGAACCAGCCGCCGGGAAAAAGGUUCUUAUUGGGCUUGCAGUACCUCUUCCCGAUACUCGAGUGGGGCCCACGAUACACGUUGAGCCUCUUCAAGGCUGACCUAAUUGCCGGUAUCACCAUAGCCAGCCUGGCCAUUCCUCAGGGGAUCAGCUACGCCAAGCUCGCCAACUUGCCGCCGAUUCUUGGCCUUUAUUCGAGCUUUGUCCCGCCAUUGAUUUACGCGGUGAUGGGGAGCUCGAGGGAUUUAGCCGUGGGAACGGUAGCCGUUGGAUCACUGCUAACGGGCUCGAUGUUAAGCAAAGUUGUGGACCCGACUGACGAGCCUAACCUAUAUCUUCAUCUUGCGUUCACGGCUACAUUCAUAGCCGGGAUUUUCGAAGCUGCCCUCGGGAUUUUUAGGCUAGGGUUUAUUGUCGAUUUUCUUUCGCAUGCGACAAUAGUCGGGUUCAUGGGUGGUGCGGCCACGGUGGUGUGCCUUCAACAACUCAAAGGCAUUUUUGGGCUUGACCAUUUUACCCAUGCAACCGAUAUCAUCUCGGUUAUGCGCUCGGUUUUUACACAAUUUCACAAGUGGAGAUGGGAAAGUGCUGUGCUGGGUUGUGCCUUCCUUUUCUACCUGCAAUUGGCCAGAUACUUUAGCAAAAAGAGGGCAAAGCUUUUCUGGAUAUCAGCAAUGGCUCCACUAACAUCUGUGAUAUUGGGAAGUUUACUUGUCUACGUCACACAUGCUGAAAAACAUGGUAUCCAAGUGAUUGGAGAAUUAAAGAAAGGGAUAAAUCCAGCAUCACUUAUGGAUAUCAACUUCGGUUCAAAAUAUCUAACGGGCACAAUCAAAACUGGCAUUGUCACUGGAAUCAUAGCCCUUGCUGAAGGAAUAGCUGUGGGUAGAAGCUUUGCAAUGUUGAAGAACUACAACAUUGAUGGUAACAAAGAGAUGAUUGCUUUUGGGAUGAUGAACAUCGCCGGUUCUUGCACGUCGUGCUACCUGACCGCGGGCCCGUUUUCCCGGUCGGCCGUUAACGUUAAUGCUGGAUGCAGAACAGCCGUGUCGAACAUAGUUAUGUCCUUCGCGGUCAUGAUAACGUUGCUCUUCCUAACUCCGUUGUUCUUCUACACGCCUCUCGUUGUCCUAUCCUCCAUAAUAAUCGCGGCCAUGCUCGGGCUCAUAGACUACGAGGCCGCGAUCCAUCUAUGGCACGUCGACAAGUUCGAUUUCGCCGUGUGCAUGAGCGCAUAUAUCGGCGUCGUAUUUGCCAAUAUCGAGAUCGGCUUGAUUCUCGCGAUCGGGUUGUCGGUUAUGAGGGUACUCUUGUUCGUUGCGAGGCCGAGGACUUUAGUACUCGGCAACAUACCUAACACUAAGGUGUACAGAAAUGUGGAUCAGUACCAGAAUGCAAGCAGUGUCCCAGGGAUUUUGCUUCUGGAGAUCGACUCUCCAAUUUACUUUGCCAAUUCAAAUUACCUAAGGGAAAGAAUCUCAAGAUGGAUUGAUGAUGAGGAAGACAAAUUAAAAUCAUCAGGAGAGACAGCCUUGCAGUAUGUUGUGCUUGACAUGAGUGCCGUUGGAAACAUCGACACGAGUGGUAUCAGCAUGCUUGACGAGGUUAAGAAGAUCGUUGAUAGAAGAAACCUCAAGCUAGCACUAGUGAAUCCCGGGGCAGAGGUUAUGAAGAAGCUUAACAAGUCGAAAUUCCUUGAGAGAAUAGGCCAAGAAUGGAUCUUUUUGACCGUUGGGGAAGCUGUUGGAGCUUGCAAUUACAUGCUUCAUUCUUGCAACCCGAAAAUGGCGAAUAACGAAUACGAGAAAUAUAGCGAUUACGCGUGA